AGACAGUCGCCUGUUGCGCGCGUAAAUUUUCGCACGAGCCAUUGUUGUUGUUGCACGUUUUUAGGAGGAGACGCUUUUACAGCUCACUUUGUUUACAAUAAGGUAGUGUUUGACGAACGGCUUCAUCGGAAAGCUGUAGGAGUUGUAUUGAUUUUCGUCGGGCAGAUCUUGAUAUAUCGGUGUCGAGAAGAUGGUUCGAACAAAGGCCGAUGCUGCUGUGAGAGUUGCUGCUGGAGGUAAAGCACCGAAGAAAACUGCCAAUCGCGCGCCACAAAGUCCAGCGCCGAGUUCUGACAAAGGAGGUAAAGACAAUCUUCCUGGUAAUCGAUACUGUCCUCGAGAGACACCAGCUUGGCAGAAGAAGAUAACGUUCUUUUAUAAUAAAAAUGAUGAUGAAAUGAAUGAAUCUAGUUCGUCACAAGCUAACGAUGCAGAUGAAAAACAAAAUAGUAGUGGAGAAGAAAUGAAAAAGAAUAAGCCACUUGAUGAUUCUAAUGAAAUGGAUGUAAAGGAAUCAGACAGGUCUCCCAGUAAAACAAAAGUCAUCAAAACAGAAGAUUGCGAUGAUGAUAAUGAAACUGAGGAGGAUGAAUGUAUGGAAAUGGAUGAAUAAGAGAAAUGCUGUGCAUUAAUAUGUUCAAGUUGUAUUGUUACCGUAUCAUUUUUUACAAAUCACAGACUGGUUCUAGUAUAUAAAUAUUGUUAACUAAAUACUAUUAUAAGAGACAAUUAGAACUUAAGUUUGUAGAGAAGAAUGAAAUUUUAGAAUCCAGUAACUUAAAUUUUAUCAAUAAAAUAAUAAGCUAAUUUUUAACAGCAUUUAAGUGUAUAUUAUCUCUAAGUUUAGUCAUUACAAUAUCAAAUGUGUUACACUUUUUUACUAAUAUGUAACUUUUUGUAAAAGCUUCAUGUAGUAUAAGAGAACUGUGAUUUACAUUGAAAUAUAAAUAUAGUUUUUUCUUAUA